AUGACCAAGUCACUUGUCUUCAUCACCGGCGCCACCGGUUUCAUUGGAUCGCACACCGCUGAAGCCGUGCUCAGAGCCGGCUACCGAAUCCGCUUGUCCAUCCGCAAAGCCGAACAGGAGGCUGUCAUCAGAAAGAGACAUGCAGCAUUUGAAAGCGACAUCGAAACCAUUCUGGUCCCUGAUUUGACCCAUCCCGAGUCCUUUAACAAGGCCCUGGAAGACGUCGAUUAUAUUCUCCACGUCGCAUCGCCCAUGCCAGGCCAAGGCGAAGACUUCGUGAAGGACUAUCAGAAGCCUGCCGUAGAUGGCACGGUGGCACUCCUGGAUACGGCGUUAAAGUUCAAGCAGAUAAAGAAGGUUGUGAUUGUCUCUUCUGUCCUUGCUAUGCUUCAUCUUGAAGACUGGGGGAAGACGGAAUUCUAUGCGAGAGAGAACACUGGCGAGAAGAUCAAUCUGGAUCUUUCGGUCCCGUUCCCUGCUGGCCCAGAAGGCUACGGCAAGAAAUACCAUGCCUCGAAAAUCCUAUCCCAUCAGGCAACCCGGGACUGGCUCAGCGCAAACAACCCCCAUUUCGCAGUUCUGACUCUCCACCCUGUCUUCGUGCUGGGUGACAGCCUGAUCCAGGAGACUGCCGACCAGAUUGGAGGAAUCAACGCUUGGCUCUGGGAUUCUGCUAUCACUGGAACACCUCGCCUUGGGAAUAUCUGGGUUCAUGUCCGUGAUGUAGCCGAUGCUCACGUGAAAGCUUUGGAGAAGGACAUUCCGAGCGGGACGGAGUUUAUUCUGUCCGCUCCCGGUAUUUCGUGGGACAAAGCAGCCUCUUUUAUUAAGGAGAAGUUUCCCGAAGUGGAAUCUAAGCUGGAACCUCCAAUUAACUUUAACUGGAGUGUUGAGACAAAGGCCGCUGAUGAGCUGCUUGGGAUGAAAUGGCGCUCUCAGGAAACCAUUCUUGAGGAUGUUUUCAAUCAGCAGUUGUUUCUGCAGGGCAAGAGAUCUUCCCUUUAG